AACAAACAUAAGCCUGAGCAAGGCUGACAACUCUGAUCGGGAAUGACAAGUACAAUUUGCAGGGAAAACAUUCGACGCCGCAAUUUUGCUUGAUUUUCACAAAAAAUACGUAAAUUCUAAAACUAAAACAAAAUGGCGCGUCGCUAUGAUUCUCGCACCACGAUCUUUUCGCCGGAGGGUCGUCUGUAUCAGGUGGAGUACGCCAUGGAGGCGAUAUCGCAUGCCGGCACAUGCCUCGGCAUCCUCGCCGAAGAUGGCAUUGUGCUUGCCGCCGAAUGCCGCAGCACAAACAAAUUGUUGGACAAUGCGAUCCCAUCCGAGAAAAUCUACAAAUUAAAUGAGAAUAUGGUCUGCUCUGUGGCUGGGAUUACUUCGGAUGCGAAUGUGCUGACGUCGGAGCUGCGUUUGAUUGCCCAACGCUAUCAGUUCAGCUAUGGCGAGGUGAUUCCCUGUGAGCAGCUCGUCUCGCAUCUGUGCGACAUCAAGCAGGCCUACACCCAGUACGGUGGCAAGCGUCCCUUUGGCGUCUCGCUGCUGUACAUGGGCUGGGACAGCAAGUAUGGCUAUCAGCUGUAUCAGUCCGAUCCCAGCGGCAACUAUGGCGGCUGGAAGGCCACCUGUAUUGGCAAUAAUUUUGGCGCCGCCAUUUCCAUGCUGAAACAGGAGUUGGCCGAUAAGGAUAACAUUAAGUUGGAAGAGGCGAAGGAUUUGGCUGUCAAGGUGCUGAGCAAGACAUUGGAUACCACAAAACUAACGCCGGAGAAGGUGGAAAUGGCUACGUUGCAGCGCAUCAACAAUGCUACCGUUUACAAUGUCCUCGAAAAAUCGGAUGUGGAGAAGCUAAUUGUGAAAUACAAUAAGUUGGAGGCGGAGGCAGAGGCGGCUAAGAAGGAGAAGCAGGCCCAGCAGUCUAAAUCAUCCUAAGCAUUCUUCAUUACUCUCUUAUCCUUGGUACAUAUUUUAUUUGUAAUUCUAAUGGCAAACUGAGUUCAUUUUGUAAGUGAAAUAAAAUUUCAAAAUUA